CCAUUCUUUUUGUCGUAUAUAAAAUACUGAGAAAAGGUCGGUCCACGACGACGAGUUUCAGCUUUUUCCCUCCCCUUCUCUCCGCGCCGUUCAUCGUGACUUCCCUUGCCCGUUACAAGAAACUGCAAAACGCCGUCGUCGUACUGUAUAAUAAGUAGCACGGAACUGUCUUUAUUACUAUUAUUAACUGUUGCACUUAUUUUCCGGGGAUUCUUGCGUAUCUUUGUUGGUGCGUGCUACUAGUUACUACUAAUACUACUAGUUCUGGAGAUUUUUCCCCCCUUUAUUCUGCAUUAUUUAUCUUUUUUUUUUUUUCCGUUUUUAACCUAACCUCUCUUUCUAUAUGGGGGUAUAAAUUACACAGCUCGGUGCUUUUUGGAUUUUGUUGAGCAGUAAGAAAAAGGAGACAAAGAAUAAGAGAGAGGGAGACUCUGAUACUGAUAGAGAGCGGCAUUGCAUUUCCUUUCAGAAUCUCUCUAGCGAGAGAGAUGGAUAAAGGGAGGGAGAGGGAGAGAGAGAUGGAGGAGGAAGAGGGAGACAUUGGAAGGAAGAUUAAGAUUGGAGUGUGUGUAAUGGAAAAGAAGGCUUUUUCAGGUCCGAUGCUCCAAAUUUUGGAUAGGCUACAGGCAUUCGGUGAAUUUGAGAUUGUUCAUUUUGGGGACAAGGUUAUUCUCGAGGACCCCGUAGAGAGAUGGCCAAUAUGUGAUUGUUUGAUUGCCUUCUACUCCUCUGGGUACCCCCUGCAAAAAGCUGAAGCAUAUUCUGCAUUGAGAAAGCCCUUUCUCGUAAAUGAAUUGGAAGCACAACACCUUCUUCAUGAUAGAAGAAAAGUAUAUGAGUGCUUUUCUCCCACUAUUUCUUGUUGUUGGGAAAAACUUCAGUGUCUUGAAAGGUAUGGAAUUCCUGUUCCAAGAUAUGCUCUGGUUAAUAGAGAAAUGCCAUAUCAAGAGCUGGAUUAUUUUGUUGAGGAAGAAGAUUUUGUUGAAGUUCAUGGUAAUCGCUUUUGGAAGCCAUUUGUAGAGAAGCCCGUUGAUGGUGACAACCACAGCAUAAUGAUAUAUUACCCUAGUUCUGCAGGUGGAGGAAUGAAGGAAUUGUUCCGCAAGGUUGGUAAUCGCUCAAGUGAGUUUCAUCCCGAGGUUAGAAGAGUGCGGCGCGAAGGAUCUUACAUAUAUGAAGAAUUCAUGCCUACUGGAGGCACAGAUGUGAAGGUAUAUACUGUAGGCCCAGAGUACGCUCAUGCAGAGGCGAGAAAAUCUCCUGUUGUUGAUGGUGUUGUUAUGAGAAAUCCUGAUGGCAAAGAAGUGCGGUAUCCAGUUCUGCUUACUCCUACUGAGAAGCAGAUGGCAAGAGAUGUUUGCAUUGCAUUCCAGCAAGCAGUUUGUGGCUUCGAUCUCUUGCGCUGUGAAGGGCAAUCAUAUGUCUGUGAUGUCAAUGGAUGGAGUUUUGUCAAAAAUUCCUACAAAUACUAUGAUGAUGCUGCGUGUGUAUUGAGAAAGAUGUUUCUGGAUGCAAAAGCUCCACAUCUUUCUACAACAAUACCACCCACAUUGCCAUGGAAAGUGAAUGAACCAGUUCAGCCUUCUGAGGGACUAACACGUCAAGGAAGUGGAAUUAUUGGGAAAUUUGGGCAAUCUGAAGAGCUGCGUUGUGUUAUUGCUGUGAUCCGCCAUGGUGAUAGAACUCCAAAACAGAAGGUGAAGUUGAAGGUUACUGAGGAAAAGCUGUUAAAUUUGAUGUUAAAGUACAAUGGUGGGAGACCUAGAUCAGAGACAAAGCUGAAAAGUGCUGUCCAACUGCAAGAUCUUUUAGAUGCCACUCGCAUUUUAGUACCCCGUUCUAGACCUGGCAGGGAAAGUGACAGUGAAGCUGAAGAUCUUGAGCAUGCUGAAAAGCUUCGUCAAGUGAAAGCGGUUCUUGAGGAGGGAGGUCAUUUCUCCGGGAUUUACAGAAAAGUUCAACUGAAACCACUGAGGUGGGUUAAAGUUGCAAAAAGUAACGGUGAAGGAGAAGAAGAACGUCCAGUUGAAGCUCUGAUGGUUCUUAAAUAUGGGGGUGUUCUUACACAUGCUGGCAGAAAGCAGGCUGAAGAACUAGGCAGAUACUUCCGGAACAAUAUAUAUCCAGGGGAAGGUACUGGCCUGCUUCGCCUACAUAGCACAUAUCGCCAUGACCUCAAAAUAUACAGCUCAGAUGAGGGCCGUGUACAGAUGUCCGCUGCUGCAUUUGCAAAAGGUCUCCUUGAUUUGGAAGGACAAUUAACACCAAUCUUGGUUUCGCUAGUCAGCAAGGACUCUUCCAUGUUGGAUGGGCUUGAUAAUGCCAGUAUUGAAAUGGAUGAGGCUAAGACUAGAUUACAUGAGAUAAUUACUUCCGGAGUAAAGGCAGUCCAUGAGAAUGGGUCAUCAGAAAAACCUUGGAUGGUUGAUGGGGCUGGACUUCCUUCAAAUGCAUCUGAACUUCUUCCUGAAUUGGUGAAGUUGACAAAGAAGGUAACUGAACAAGUGAGGCUACUUGCAAGGGAUGAGGAUGAACAACUUGAAGACACAAGUUCAUAUGAUGUGAUUCCUCCAUAUGAUCAAGCUAAAGCACUGGGUAAGACAAACAUAGAUGUUGACCGCAUUGCUGCAGGACUACCCUGUGGGAGUGAAGGAUUUCUUCUCAUGUAUGCUCGGUGGAGGAAGCUUGAGAGAGAUUUGUAUAAUGAGCGGAAAGACCGUUUUGACAUAACACAGAUUCCAGAUGUUUAUGACUCCAGCAAGUAUGAUCUCUUGCACAAUGCACACCUUAAUUUGGAAGGAUUGGAUGAACUCUUUAGAGUUGCUCAGUUACUUGCAGAUGGUGUUAUUCCUAAUGAAUAUGGAAUUAACCCAAAGCAGAAGCUAAAGAUUGGGUCCAAAAUUGCCCGUCGCCUAUUAGGUAAGAUUUUAAUUGAUCUAAGAAAUACUCGUGAAGAAGCAAUCAGCGUAGCUGGGUUGAAGAGCAGUCAGGAUCAUGAGUCAGCUGUCAGUAUAACUGGACAGGAAGAUGGAGAGUCUAAUUUCAGGAAUGAAGAUUCAAGGAGGACUAGUUUCACUGGUGAAAAAUCUAUAAAUCAGGAAGAUGAUGAUAACAAAGAGACCAAAUAUCGCUUGGAUCCAAAAUAUGCUAAUGUGAGAACACCUGAACGCCAUGUCAGAACACGCCUUUACUUCACAUCGGAAUCACAUAUCCAUUCUUUGAUGAAUGUUCUUCGUUAUUGUAACUUGGAUGAAUCUCUCCAAGGAGAGGAUAGUCUUGUUUGUGAUAAUGCUUUGGAGCGUCUUUUAAGGACCAAGGAGCUUGACUACAUGAGUUAUAUUGUGAUGAGGAUGUUUGAGAAUACUGAGGUAUCUUUAGAAGAUCCACAAAGAUUCCGAAUAGAGUUGACUUUUAGUCGCGGUGCUGAUUUGUCCCCCUUGGAGAAGGACGAUAGUGGGGCAGCCUCAUUACGUCAGGAACACACAUUGCCGAUAAUGGGUCCUGAGAGGCUUCAAGAAGUAGGAUCAUACUUGACGAUGGAGAAGAUGGAAAAGAUGAUUCGCUCUUUUGCCAUGCCCGCAGAAGAUUUUCCCCCGCCAUCAACCCCGCAAGGAUUUUCAGGGUACUUCUCAAAAAGUGCAGCAGUUUUGGAGCGCCUUGCGAAUCUUUGGCCUUUCAACAAGCAUGGAAAUACGAAUGGGAAGUGAUUUAGCUUGACAUUCUUCCAUUUGCUUGAAUAUCGAGCCUGAAAUUUGCUGAUCAAUUUUUUUUUUUGGAAGUACAAAUGGGGGAGAGGUGACUCAACCGUUGUGGAAGGUAGAAGAGCAAUUUUCCCACUGUAAAUAUUUCAAUUGAAUGAAUCAUUUGCAGAGCACGUUCUUACUGUUAUUACUUCUUUAUUUCUUUUACAAGGAUGGGGCCUCACUGGUUGAGAGCCAUUAACUACCAGAGCCAAUGCAUAAUAACUUCUUAUGACUCAAUACUCCUUCAUGUAUAUUAGUUCUCUUUGGAUUUCAAGAGUUUGACGUCAAGAUCCGUUCCCUUCGAUUGGGAAGAUUCAUGUCA